UGUUGUUCCUCCCGGACGUCUUUUCCUGUCCCGGUGUUAGAGGAUCAACACACGGAGGAUGGAGCGGCGCUGCGCCCCGCGGCUCCCCGGCCCGGAGCCUCCUCUCCCCGGCCCGGAGCCUCCUCUCCCCGGCCCGGAGCCUCCUCUCCCCGGCCCGGAGCCUCCUCUCCCCGGCCCGGAGCCUCCUCUCCCCGGCCCGGAGCCUCCCGGCGGCCCGCUGGCGGAGCUGGAGGCUCUGCGGCGGGUCGUGACCGAGCGGCUGACCGCAGCAGUGGACGAGAUCCUGGGGGAGUUCGGGAGGACGGUGGCCCGGUACCGGCAGCAGAUCGACCGGCAGCAGCGGCAGCUGGACAGCCUGAAGCCCGGAGAGAGCAGCUGGAGCCCGGCAGCAGAGCGUCUUCAGACUUCCUCCUGGGUCAAACUGUCUCCCGAGGAUCUGGAGGAUCCGGGCGCCGCUCCGAUAAAGACGGAAGCCGGCGGCGAGGACGGCGCGGCGCCGGAGCAACAGGAAGGAGACUUCGACCCGGCCGGCGGCGCCCGACUGCUCGCCGGAGAGACUUCGGAGACGGACGACAGCGGAGACUACUGGAGGGGGAGCGCCGGAGUCUGGAGACAACCGGAGCAACCGGAGCAACCGGAGCAACCGGAGCAACCGGAGGAACCGGAGCAACCUGAGGAACCGGAGCAACCGGAGCAACCGGGCUCGUCUCUCGUGUCUCCGGACUCCCGGCAGCCUCCGGCGGCGGCGUUCAGCUGUAAAGUCUGCGGCGAGUCCUUCCGGAGGAUCAGCUACCUGCUGACGCACGCCGCCGGCCACCUGAGGGACUGCGGGCUGUGCGGCGAGCAGCUGGAGCACGCCGCCGGCCUGGCGCUGCACCUGCGGCGCCACCGGCAGACGUCGUUCCGCUGCAGCGUGUGCGGCCAGAGCUUCACGCUGCGCGGGAACCUGCGCACGCACAUGCGGAUCCACUCGGGCGAGCGGCCGCACGGCUGCGGCGUCUGCGGGAAGCGGUUCGGGCGCCGCGCCUCGCUGCUGCGCCACGUCCGCAGCCACACGGGCGAGAAGCCGUUCACCUGCUCGUACUGCGGCCACGGCUUCGUGGAGAAGGGGAACCUGACGGUGCACCUGCGCACGCACACCGGCGAGCGCCCGUACUGGUGCUCCGCCUGCGACCGGCGCUUCAGCCAGCAGUCCAGCUUCUACAAACACCCGUGUCAGCGCCGAGUCAGCACGGCGCACGACACAACACGACACGACACGACACGACACGACACGACACGACACAAUACAACACAGCUGAUCACUGAGUCUGAGUCUUCAGGAAUUUGA